AUGAUGAGCCCACCGCGCCGAUGGCGCUCCCUGCUGGUGGUUGCAGGUCUCAUGGUGUGCACGGUAUUGCUGGCGACGCGGAACAGGACCGAACUGAUUGACCGGUACCACGACAUCUCGCCGAUGCAACCACUGCCUGUAGCGGACGCACCGAGCGCCAAGGUGCCAGCUCCACCGCCACUGGAGGACGCGGCCGAACGGGCAAAGAUGCGACUGGCCAAGCUGCCAGACCGCUACCCAGUGACAUCGUUGAAGCUGAUACCGAAGGAGCGGCGCGAGGGGGCGGUGCCGCCGAUGCAGAAGCAACCGGCACCCAAGGAGAGCGAGGAGGCGCGAGAAGUGCGGCUGGGCCGUCUGGCCGCGGUGAAGGAGGUAUUUGAGCGCAGCUGGAAGGGAUACAAGGACGUGGCGUGGCUGGCAGACGAGGGCUGGGGGGGCGGGACAAUGGUGGACGCACUGGACUCGCUCUGGAUGAUGGGAAUGCACGACGAGUUCCGGAUGGCAGUGCGGGCGUGCGCGGACAUUGACUUCAGCCGGACGGAGGCGGACGUGAUCAACCUGUUUGAAGUGACGAUCCGGUACCUCGGCGGUUUUCUGGGGGCGUACGAGAUUAGCGGCAAGACGGAGCCAGUGCUGCUGCGCAAGGCGGUGGAGGUGGGGGAGAUCUUGCUGGGGGCGUUUGACACGCCGAACCGGAUGCCGCUGGCCAAGUGGGACUGGCGAGCGUACGUGCGCGGUGGCAUGCAGACAGAGGCGGCACGGGCGAUGCCGGCGGCCGAGCUGGGCUCACUGUCGCUCGAGUUCACCAAGCUGACGCAGCUGACGGGCGACGAGAGGUUCUACGACGCGACGGCGCGCGUGUCGGACGUGCUGGACCACCACCAGCUGCGCACGCGGUUGCCAGGCAUGUGGCCGGUGCUGGUGGAUGCUGCCGUGCCGGCUUUUGACGGCGACGACACCUUUUCGCUCGGCGGCAAGUCCGAUUCGCUCUACGAAUACCUGCCGAAGCAGUGGCUCCUUCUCGGUGGCGUGCUCGACCAGCCGCGUCACAUGUACAGCCGCUUUCUGCCCGUGGCCAAGAAGCACCUCUUCCGCCGCGUGCUCAACGAGCACAACUGGCCGCUCGUCUUCUCGGGCGAUGCCCGCGUCGUCGAUGACCCGCAGACCGGUCGCGCCGUCGUCAACUCGCCGCGCGGUGAGCACCUGACCUGCUUUGUCGGCGGCAUGGUCGGGCUCGCCGCUCGCGCCUUUGGCGAGGCCAGCAACGACCGCGGCGACAUGGCCUUGGCCGCCCAGCUGACUGACGCCUGCGUCUGGACCUACAACGUGACCGCCACUGGCAUCGGACCGGAAAAAUUCUUUUACGCUACCUGCGGCUCUGCGAGCGAGGAUCAGGCUGGCAUGCGGUGCAGCUACACGCCGGACAAGUGGCGGGACGCUCUGGAGAAGCACUGGAAGCUGGCAAAGGACAGCUCCUCCGAUGCCAUCGACAGGCUCAUGACCAGCGGCCGCAUGGCGCCCGGCUACGUCGACAUCGACGACCCCAAGUACAUGCUGCGCCCCGAGGCGAUCGAGUCUGUCUUUGUCAUGUGGCGGCUCACCGGCGACACCGCAUGGCAGGACAAGGCCUGGCACAUGUUCCAGAGCAUUGCGCGCUACACUAGCACGGCCGGUGCUGUGUCUGCUGACGACCCGAACGGCUCUGGCGCGCACCCCGUCGCCGCUGCCGGCAUCCUCGACGUCACCCAAGCCUUUCAGCCGCCGCCGAUGGACAAGAUGGAGAGCUUCUGGAUGGGCGAGACGCUCAAGUACUUUUACCUCGUCUUUGCCGAGUGGGAUCUCGCCAGCCUCGACGAGUGGGUCUUCAACACCGAAGCGCACCCCUUCCGCCGCGCCGGCACGACUGCCCUGCCGUAG